ACAGCUCUCAUAAGGCGGGGUGGGUCUGCGGAGGAGGAGGAGGUAAAGGUGACCCAGGCACGCACAUCCCUGCCUGACUUCCCUAAACCAUUAGAGCAGCUGGACCCAUCAGACCCCUCGGACCCCACUUACGUCUGAGUCAAAACUAACAAACUUUCCUUUUUUUUUUGCAUAAAAAAAAAGUCUACAAUAACGCUCCUUUUUUUUUACGCUGUAUUAUAGUUUUUUUGUACUUUUGAUUGACACAUUUAAAAAAAGUUCUAAUUUUGUUUUGACGUCCAAGUUGAGACUACCUCACAACUUUAGAAAAAAAAAAGUUGGAAAAAAAACCAGAGCGCUGUUUUAUCUUCAGUGAGCGUCUGGAGGAACUGGAAGAGCACUGAAGGAGAUCGGCUGUACAGGCGGCCUGGAGACCAUGUAAAGCACUCGGCCAGCUCUUCUGAUCAACCAGGGCUGUGUAGGUCUACCCACCGGGCGACUCAGAACUACACACCCCUUCUGUCCUGGACUACCACCACGAAGACCUGGCUGAUUCCUCCUUAACCUGAACCGCAGGGCCUGGUCCGAUAUGCGGGCCACACACCGCUUGGUUUCUCCAGGAGAGGGUUCGCACUCUCGGCGUCUCCAGCAGUGAGUUUUGGUCGAGCUCGGAACCCACCAUGUCUACCCGGACUAUCCGCCCACGACGCGACACCGACGCGUGCGAUCAGCCGAGCGGACUAAGCGUCUAGAGUUCUGCUCAGACUGAUCCCCGAAGUGUUUCUCUAACUUUUUUUGGUUUGCUAUGUCCACUGGCGACCGGACUCCCUGAUCCAUGUGGUUUCAGCUGGAAGGACGCGCGGUCCGGAUCUCACCUAAACGUUGAUACGUCCCGGGAGUGAUGCACUGGCUUCCCCUGGUUGCCAUGGUGAUCGCCUCGGCCCUGCCCUUCCCUUACAGCCCUGUGACCAGAAUUGUCGCCGCGACGACGGAGACCAGCAGCGGUAGCCACGACGACGGCAGCGGCGGCGGCGGCGCCGACGGCUCCCUCCCUCCUCCUCCUCUGGCGGUGCCCCCGACGCACAACCGCUCCGAUGGAACGGACCCCCACCUCCCCACCGCCAACCCCCGUCCGGAGGCGGGCCGCCGGACCCCCCGCGGCUCGGAGACGCUCCCAGAGCGCGGCCCCCCGGGGGAGCUCAGGACGGGGGCGGGCGGUCGGGACGGGGAGCGGGCCGACGGCAGCUCGUACCGGGACGGCCCGGGGGUCCUGUCUCAGGGGGGGCCCCGCUGCGCCGACGCCGACGCCCCCGUGGACGCGGCGGUAACCCGGGACUACCAGCCGGGCGCCACCGCCGCCGCCGCCAGAGACUCCCAGCGGAAGGAGAACCUCCAUACCUCGAGAGACGGAGGAACCGCGGGGAACCACGACGGCCCUUCACCGGUGCCGGAGUCGGGUCUGGAGAGUCCUGCCACCGGCCCACAGAGAGGGGCGGGACCUCAGGGCCCGGGGGAGGAGACCCCGGUCGCCACGGAAACGGGGGCAGGGGUCCCGCUGGGCGAGGGGGAGGGGAGGAGUCCGGGGACGAAGGUCCGGCCGGGCCCGGCUCCGGACGGCGUGCAGGAGGUGGACGAGCUGUUCCUGGACGCCCACCCCAGGGUGCUGUUCAGCCCGUCGGCCUCCCCGCCCCGCCACCCCCCCCUGCUCCUCAUGCUGGAGAGCGGGGCCCUGCCCGAGGGGGAGGGAGACGCGGGGUACGACCCCCUGGACGGGGAGGGGGCGUCGCCCAGCUGGGCGGCGGCGGCGGCGGGCGGCGGCGCCCGACGGACGAAGCGCUCCGACCUGUCGGACCUGCGGCGCGGCGAGCGCUCCGUGUGCGAGUCGGAGAGCCUGUGGGUGACGAACAAGAAGACGGCGGUGGACAACCACGGCCGCACCGUCACCAUCCUGCCCGUGAUCCAGACGCCCACCGGCCCGCUGCGCCAGUACUUCUACGAGACGCGCUGCCGCCGCGGGGACCAGCAGCGCGGGCCGGCGUCGGCGUCGGCGCCGGCCCGCGGCUCGUCGCCCCGGGCGGCGGGCGCGGGGGCGGGGCUAGGGCUGGGCGUGGCCGGCAGCGGCUGCCUGGGCGUGGAUAAGAAGCAGUGGAAGAGCGAGUGCAAGGCCAAGCACUCGUUCGUCCGCGCGCUGGCGAAGGACGCCAGCAACCGCAUGGGCUGGCGGUGGAUCCGCAUCGACUCGUCCUGCGUGUGCGUGCUGCUGGCACGGGUCAGCCGGCAGGCGGGGGGCAAGGUGUGA